AUGGAUGUACAAUUAAGUGAAGACAAUAAUACAAUCAAUCUGACAUCUAACAAUAAUAAUAAUAGUAAUGAAGAGAAAAUAGAAAAAUCAUUGGAUUCAUUACAGUUGAAUGAACAACAAGAACAACAACAAAAUAGCAAUAGUAAUAAGAUAAAUAAAGAAAAUAAAAGUAGUGGUAAUCUAAAUGGACAAGUAUGGAGGAGUUCAAAGCCACAGAAUGUAUCGUUGGAUCAACUGCAACAGAGUUGUAGUGGUACAAACUCUCAACAGAAUUCCAAUGGUAAUGUAGAUAGCAACAAAGAUAAUAAUACUUCACCUUUGAUAUCAUUGACACCAAGAGAUAAGAAUAUAAACAAUUCACCAUCUCCUGCAACCAUAUCAAUAAAUAGUAACAGUAAUAAUACAGAAGACAGUAACAAUAUCAAAGAUAACAGUAACAAAGAUAAUAGUAAUAAAGAUAACAGUAAUAAAGAUAAUAGUAGUAAAGAUAAUGAAAGUAACUCAAAUAGUAAUAGUAAUAGUAAUAAUGGAAGUUUUUGGUGGUUAAGCAAAUUUAAAAUUGGAAGUUUGACAAACAACAACAACAACAAUAAUAAUACACCACCUGCAAAUACUUCAACUAAAAAUGAACAAGAUUCAAUUACACUUGCAAAAGAAAAAGAAAAGGAAAAAGAAAAAGAAAAAGAUGAAGAUGAUGGUGAGAUUUUAUAUCAUACGACACCGAGUUCAAAGAUAAUAAAAGAAGGUUAUCUUAAUAAGCAAGGUCAUCUGAGGAAGAAUUGGUUACAACGAUAUUUCAUUCUGACCGAUAUCUCGCUGGAGUACUACAAGGAGAAAGGACAGCCGUUGCUCAACCAGAUUCCGCUGACAGAGUGUGCCAUCUCGCUGGCCGACACCGAGACAAAGAAAUCGUUUUGCUUCAAGAUUUCGCAUGCCACGCGCAAGUCGUUCUACCUGUAUUCGUGCGUGAGCGGAUCCGAUAUCGAACGGGAUUCCUACGAGUGGAUUGGCGCCAUCCAAGAGGUCAUUGACAACCUGGCCGCUACAGCUGCUGCAGUGGCCACGCCAAAAGAGGUGCAAAUCGUCACCGAGGAUCACCCGAGCUACGAGUUGGUACACGCUAUCUCGAACGCGCUGCUAUUCAGUCUUGGCAAGACGUCGGCAGCUCACAUCUCGUCGCUGGUCGACGAUGACUUUUCGGCGUAUGAACAGCAGACCUAUACUACUUCCUCUUCCUCCUCUUCUAAUUCCUCCGGCGGCAACUCGAAAUCCGCAGGACAGUCACUUUCUUAUAAAUUUGUAGAUUACGCACCCAAAGUAUUUAGAAAGAUACGUGAACUCUCCAAUGUGAAUCCAGCCGACUACAUGAUCUCACUGACACGUGACACUCUCACUGAAAUUCCAACGCCAGGCAGAAGCAAUUCGCUAUUCUAUUUCACAAGCGAUAAGAAAUAUCUCAUCAAAACAAUCACAACCUCUGAAUACGAUCAUCUUCGUUCCAUUUUACAAAAUUAUUAUGAGCAUCUUUCACAAUAUAAAGAUUCAUUGUUGGUUAAAUAUUUUGGAUUACAUCAUAUAUCGCCAUCAAAGAUGAAGAACACCUACUUUGUGGUGAUGGAGAAUAUCUUUGAGAAUAGACACAUCGAUGAAACCUAUGAUCUCAAAGGUAGCACACUCAACAGAAAAGCGGAAACAGGCAAAUCCGUAUUGAUGGACUUGGAUUUCUGUACUAGAAUUUUCAUCUCUGAUGAAAUGAAAAUAUUAUUUUUUAAACAAAUUGAAAUUGAUUGUAGUUUUUUGGAAAAAGUAUUCUCAAUGGAUUAUAGUUUAUUAUUGGGUAUAUCUUAUUUGCAUGGCAAAAAAGUUGAUACCGACGUGGAGAAUGAGAGACUAUCGAUUUUCAAGCGUGAAAAUGGUGGUAUGAUAUCGAGAACGCCCGACGGUGAACACUAUGACAGAGUUUAUUAUAUUGCCAUCAUCGACAUGCUGACGACAUACAACAUCAAAAAGCAAAUAGAACACACCUACAAAGCAACACUCUACGACACCAAGGAUUCAAUGUCUGCAGUCGAUCCAACCACCUACAACAAGAGAUUCAAGCAAUACCUAACAAGGAUUACUGGUUGGACAAAAUUACAAACAUAA